AUGCUGAGGCCCGAGGAGGAACUCGAGCCCAACAUCCCGGCCAAUGUGCAGGGCAAGUGCAUCUUCAGCGCCAAAACCUUGGAAAUCGGAUUGGUCACCGGGGAGAGCGUCAAACCAGGGCUCCGUGACAAGGUGGGCUCUGCCGUGACCUCCUGGUUCCAAUCGAAGCUGGGGCUGAAGGUGGAAGUGGUUGGCGUACAGGAGAACAGCGUCAGCGCUGGCAAGGAGUUCGACCUUCUGUACACUGCCAGCUCGGCCAACGGCUCCGGCGUCCUGCAGAAGUUCAAGGAGACCUCUGGCCAGGCCUUCAGUCUGGGAGAUGACCUGCAAAAGGUGAUCGGAGAGGCGGUGGUUUCAGGUGGCGACCACAGCACCGCGUGGUGCAGCGCGACCUUGGACUUCUACGGGCCAAAGGCCAAAGACCUGAUUGUGAAGAAGACGGACUUCGACUUCGGCGGCAAGCCCGAGUGA